AUGAUAGUUAAGAAUUCAUUUCUACGCAAUCUUUUCAUUGAAGAUAUUGAUUUCAAAAAGACGAGCAGAGAAGAACAAGAGAAAUUCGAAGAGGAAAAGAAACGUCUUGAUAAUGAUUCAGUCAAGAAAUGUCCAAAAUGUCAACAAAACUACAUACCAUCAAAGACCAAUCAUGGCAAUUGCCAUUAUCAUGAUGCGUUUGUCUAUGAUGCGAAUAACCAUUGCAAAUUAACUCGUGAACAAGCGCAAACAAUGACGCAAAAAUUUAAAUUGAUAACAAGCAACAGUGGUAGAUCUGUGGAAUUACCAAAAUUAAUAUGGGGCUGUUGUUUGGGUUUAUAUGGACUUGAUCCACCAUGUCAAGUGGGCAGCUGCGGUUUGCCCGAAGAAAUUAAAGGACAACCAAUCGAGCCAGACCAAGAUCUAAUGGCACUCGUUCAAGAUCUAUUUAUGAAUAAUAAAGCAGCUGAGAUAAGAAUCAAAGAUUUUGCCUGA